UAUAACACACAAAAGGAAUACUGAACUGAAAAAGCAUCAUAUGUCUCAUUUUAACUAAGGUUUUAAUAAAAGUAUUCUGCACAACUGCCAUUAAAGCUGAAAGCAAACCCUUUUGUGAAAACAACACUUCACUGAAGGUUAAGCUGAAGAUUGUGAUUGCAAAGUGUGGCUUCUGGUUAUUAUGCAGUGAUAAUUGAGGUACAACAAGCAAUAGCUGUGACCUCAAUAAAUUCUACAAAGUUUUUCAGAAUACAGACGAAUACAUGUAUUUGAAAUGUGGGUUAAUGUUUCCUCCCUCUCUCUGUUGUUCCUGUAGGGAAUGGUGACAGCACCUGCAGACAGACAGACGUGGACAGACGGCGCAGGCAUCUGGGACGCUUCCCUCCCACUGGUGGAGAGAUCCAGACUUAACACCAGGAAUUGCGGCUCCAGUCGGGUGACAGCUCUCAACUGAGCGUCAGGCUCCACCUACUCCGCCCAAGUGGCUCUGCCUCCUCUGCUCAGGGAUUCCUGUGUUCCCUGAGUCAACACAUUGCAUUCUGGGAUAGUCUGGAACCCUCUAAAUGGGCUGUACCACCUGCUGACAAACCAGGGGGGUCUGGAGGAGUUGUGUUGAAUGAGGUUUGAGCUGCGUGUGGGCAGGCUUGCUUUUGCAAGGAAAUGAUUCCGCAUGAAGUGCGACGCACUCGGCCCCCUGUCGUCCUCGGCGGCAGCAGCAGGUGUGAUGUCGUAGUAUUCUCCCCCACCACACUGAGCUCACCCCUCAGACGCUAAAGACCCCUGGACCGAACAGACCGUUGUACCCCUCCCCUCUUAACCAUCCCUCCAUAUCUUCUUCUCCAUCUUUAAUCCUUCUUCACCUGCUCCUAAGGGGCUGGAUUUUCUUUGUUAUCAAGAAAAGACCUGAUAAUCAACGGCCUCGGCUGAGCUGUAUAGAGACAGAAAAAGAAACAAGAUUAGAAAGGUUAUUUUUAUAGCUAAUUAAAGUGAGACAGAACAUCCAAAGUGAGAAAAAGAGAAAGUAAAGUCAAAUAGAAAGUCAGAAAUUGGGGAAAAACAAAGAAGAAAGAGGAAAGCUAAAAAGUCUCAAAGUUGAGGAAGGAUAACGUAAGUACAGUUUAGGGACGAGAGGCGAAAUCAUGAAGUCCAACCAUGAACGCAGUAAUGAAUGUCUGCCCCCAAAGAAGAGGGAGAUCCCCUCAUGCACUUUACCAUCUGAAACCCGUUCGAUCACCAUGCCACCUGCCAGUGACAGUCAGCGCUCAGAGAACAUGGCCUGGCUUGCCAGUGUGGCUGGGAAUGAGAGCGGUGUGGGUGGGCACCGUAGCACCAGUCAUUCUGAUGGGCACCAUUAUAAAUCGCUCUCCUCCACAUCAGACUCUUCAACCUCCUCUUCGUCACUGAGGCUGGUCUCAUCUCUUCCCACAAUCUAUACAUCACCCAUGUCACAAUCUACAGUUGGCGGAACGGUCCAUUACACCCAACUGCCUCACAAUCUGCAGUUCAUAACGUCACCUUACACUACCCCGUACGCUGGCUACAUCUCCCCUCAACUGCUCCCACCUCCUCCUCCACCUCCCCCCCUCUCCUUGUUGUCGUCCUCCUCCUCUAUGGCCGCACAGAGACCCUCACACACAGAGACAGCCUCUGCUCCUUCGCAGGCCUCCAAGCAUGACCAGCACAGAGCGUCCUCUGGGCGGACCUCCAUGCCACCGCCUUCUACAGAACCCCCCCAUCACCAUACUCACAUGUCCACUUCCCUACGGACUGUCCCGUCAACUCAUCACCAAGGAGGCGUUCACCUCUCUCACCAGUCGCUGCACCACCAUCAUACUUUGGGUCAUGGAAUGUCCCAGGUUUUGGUGCAGUACAUGGAUGGAUCCAACAGGAAUGAGGACGGUGGCUCUAGACACAGAGACCUCCACAAUGGAGAGCUGGAAAGGGGCCGGCGGUUUGGAGCAUCCCCUGAGUUCAGCCUCUCCAAGUCGGGGAACAAAUCACGGGAGGUCAAUUCUUCUUUGACCUCUUAUGAGGCCCACCAGCUGGUUCUGCCAUCUGAAUACCCUACCCAUGAUCCCUCAGGGCUGAGAACCUCUGUUAUGCUAAUGCACAACAGCCAUGGAGACCACCAGCUGGUACCACCUAGAGCCAGCCCUGAUAAGAUGACAAAUUGUUCCCCCGCACACUUCGAGAGAGGUGGCAUCAUCCUGGGCAAGCCAGUCAAUCGCACAUCAUCAUCCUCCUCCAAUACCACCUCCUCGUUCACGUUUCCAGCACCAUUGAGUGUAGACAGUCUGAAAGCGGCUGUACGCACACUCUCCCCCCAGACUGUUAUCCAGACCACUCACAGUGCCACAGAGGCACUUUCAAUGGGGCUCCCCUCCAGCAGUAUCUACCCCCCUUCACCUAUCAUCGGUUACAUCGCAGGGGGCAGCGGAAGCCAGCAUACGUCAAUCAGCUACCACACCAGCCUACAGCAACACUUACUCAUUCCUGGUGCCCAACCAGUCAUAAUCCCAGUUAGUGGCGGUGGAGUCACCACAUUGGAACCUGUAACCUCCCACAUGACAUCGUCCACCCAAGCUUCUUUUCCCAGCGCAAUCCCACACACGUACAUUGCUGCCAGCGCUCCCAAAGAAGAGACUCUUGUAACCUCCAGUGGCUCGUACCACCAGGUCUCUUCCGGUGCAGUGGUCCCAGCCCAGCUUCAUCUCCCCGUUGUUUCCACGCCACCAGGUUUGGUUGUUCCUACUCCUCCUCCCCCUUCCAAUACAGUGGCGCCUCCCUCACUCCCCCCGUAUUUCAUCAAGGGCUCCAUCAUCCAGCUGGCCGACGGGGAGCUGAAGCGCGUGGAGGAUCUGAAGACAGAGGACUUCAUCCAGAGUGCCGAGAUCAGCAAUGAACUGAAGAUCGACUCGUCCACGGUGGAGCGCAUUGAAGGCAGCCACGCCUCACCCAACGUAGCUGUGGUUCAGUUCUCUGUUGGUGAGCACCGUGCACAGGUAAGCGUGGAGGUCUUGGUGGAGUAUCCCUUCUUCGUCUUCGGCCAGGGGUGGUCUUCGUGCUGCCCGGACCGGACCACCCAGCUUCUGGAGCUGCCUUGCACCAAGCUUUCUGUGGGCGACGUUUGUAUUUCCCUUACCCUCAAGAACGUGAGGAACGGAUCUCUGAAGAAGACUCAGCCCCUGGAGCUUGCCACCGAGGCCUCUGUCCCAGCCUCAAGCCACGGGCACCUCAAACCUCCAAGAGUUGUCUAUGAUGCUCCCCAGAUCUUUAGGCGCAACGAGCGGGAGAACGGCAUCAGCCAGCGGGGAAGCGGUGGAAGUGGGAACGGGAGCGGAGGAGGCAGUAAUGUGGAAAACGGGGAUGGAAUGUUUGGGGAACGUGGGUCAGUUUCUAAAGGUCAUGCUGCCAGCAUCCCAAAAGCCGGCAGGAAGCGGAGGUGGUCUGCCCCUGAAGGUCGAAAAGUGGAGAGAACAGAAGAGGAGCCACCUUUGACCCUGCCCAAACCUUCCUUCAUCCCUCAUGAGAUGAAAAUAAGCAUCGAGGGAAGGUCGAAUAUUGGCAAGUGAAGGCUAACCGGACUGUUAAUAACCCCUGGGAUUCGGGGAAAAACAAUUAUAAAAGGACUCUACAAAGAAAAAAACAUGAAUGCCCACAUCAAUGUUUCAUGUCUUGGUUUUAAAGUUUUGUUUUAUUUUUAUUUUUCUCUUGAAUACUGUACUGUAGAGGUAAAUUUACCCUACAUGGUAUCACCCUACAUGAAGUCCAUGUAGUCUAUAACACAUUUAUACAGGUGGAUUUCCUAUCACACAAGCAAUCAGUGCCGUUUUGGUGGUUUUCAUGAGAUGACUUAUGGUGAGAGAUUUGUGAAGUGUGCUAAAUGUUGAUCGGUGUCUGUGUGGCACAAGGGAGCGAUGCAGGAGGAUUCUGCUCGGCUGCACUUUACACAUUAUGUCAAUUUCAAAUUGAAUUUGUGCACAGUCAGCUUCUCGACAGUCUCUGAGCACUGCUCGUGAGGCUUCCCAGACGGAAACACGUUCCCACCAUCUCCUGCCUCUCCUGGUGAUUUCACACUGGACCACAGGAGAGAUAUAACAUCAGAUGAUCCUGAGCAUGAUACAUUUUAACCAUUUUUCAUUUGCUUAAUCUGAGUGGAACUGAGUGUUUGAUUCAGACUGUGUCUCAAUUCAGGGGCUGCCUCCUUCUUAUGACAUGGAGGUGGUCUAUGUUGCCCACGUAGACCUUAAAGGAGUCUUUGUCUCCCCGGGAUGGGAGGAUGCAUUUGUAGUAGCCAUCUAGUCGCGCUGCUGAAAAGCGAUCGGUCCUCAGAAGCAGCCUCCAAAGGAAGCGGCCCCUAAAUUGAGACCCAGCUCCUGUGUCACCGUCAUGUGAAAGACCUGAUCAGUGAUGUCAUCAAGAAGAGCCAGUGUGCCACACAACAGAGAGGGAACACCUACUCUGUUCAGUUUGACGACGGUGGAGUCUUCACCUUCAUCUUUAGCGUUUUUGCUUUUUUCACUCAGACCCUCUCGUCUUCUAUCUCUGCAGUUACUUGUUGUCAUCGAUUGUCAGGAACCUUAAUCAGGGGUCUGUUAGUCUUAGAUCUAAAAUGUUUGGGUUAAUGUAUCAAAUGUGCAAGGCCCUAAUGUAAUACAAGUGCAAACCCACCAGGUUGAACUGAGGGAAAGUGAAGAGGAAGACCUGCACACAGUCCUAAUUGUGUUUUGAUGAAUUACUUUAUAUUUUUUUAAGCAGAAAAGGCUGUGUGACAGGAACCUGAGAGAAUCCGCAUGUCAGGUCUGAGAGGGUCAGGAUGUUUCAAAGCAUUUAACACACCUGUCACACUCGCCAUACGGCCGACAAAUCUUACUCGUCUCUUUAUUUACACAGUACUGUACGUUUUUAGAUUGUUUUUGUCGUUGUUAUUUAGACAAGGGUAGAAAGUAGCAAACAGCACUUUGGAAGGGUGAAGCUUUAGGAAAAGUGAAGGGGUCGCUUGGUAACGUGGGAGCGAAUGUGCCAUGGGAUUACAAAAAGGAAUGACAGGUGCUGGAGGAAAUUCCAGUCAGGAGAUGGUUUGAGGAAACUUGAAGGUGGAGUUAGAAAUAACGAUGGGGUUUUUUGAGCAUGUGCGCCAUUGUAUUAGGAAUGUGUUUUGAACGUUGAGAUUGGGGCGUAAAAAAGAUUUAAAAAGGAAAGAGCCUUCGAAGUAUCCCAGUGAUGCUCUGUACCAGACUGAGAGCAACGACUAGAAGCUCACGCCACAGAAUUUUUGAAGGGUGUCAUAUAUUUGCAAUGUAUGUGCGUAUGCUAGAGUGUGCAUGAUGCUGGUCUGUGUCUGUCCAUACACACACACACACAUGCGAACACAAACACAGAACAUCUCUCAAACUUUAUGACCUACAAUAUUUCUUUAUUUGUUGUGAAGCAGUUGCUGAUUUUGUCCCUACUGCCAAAACACUAGUGGACUCAUAUUGAAUGAGUUCACACUGCAAACAGUACAGAUGGAAAGGAAGUGUUUGUGUUCAUGUGUGAGUGUCUGUAUGAGUAUAUGUAUACUGUGUAUAGGAAGAGGACAUACUCAUUUGAUAUAUAGACAAUACUAAAUGUCCAGUGUUUCUACUUGGAGUCUUUUACUUAAGAGAAUAUUGCGAUUUGCACAUCCGGAGGAGGGAGUUCGGUGGAGACGUGAUUUAAUGUUGUUGUUGUUUUGACGGCCCUGUCCUGAGAGGAGCCCUAGACCGUGCAACACACUGGAGGAGACGAGGGUUUUUAUGUUUUGUUCCUCAACAGGCACUUAUCACAUAUUCGAGGAAAAGAGUUUCUGCAUCAGUUAAGGUCAAAUUACUUUGGAGUUUUUAGGUGUAACGCAGAUUUUUAACACGUGCCUGCCUACUGAGUUUGUUUGAAGAUGAAGUGACGAAAUGUGUCGCGACGAGACUCUCGCUCUGCUGUGGACGCCGACGUGUCCGGGAUGGAGGGACGGCGGUUCAGCUGAAAUCGUGUUUUGCUAAGAUGUAGCAGUUACCUCAACAGAUGUGCUUGCUGGGUUGACCCAACGUUCAUUGCUCUGUAAGCAACUGAUUGAAUGUUAUUACCGGCUCUUUCUUCUUCAUAUUAAAAAGUUUUAAAGUGCAAUGAGAAGUUUGUACAGCGGAGUGUAAUAUAAAUCAUGUUUUGAUGGAAAGGAAAGUGGCGUAAUGGACACUUUUAAAUACGGUGGAUACAAGAUCACCAAUAAGUAGGGCACUGGCCCUAGCUGAAAUCUGAUUGGCCCCUGAGGUGCCCCUGUCCUGUUUCUUUAAAUAAACUAGUCAUUUACUUACAUUAAAUAUGACAGUUUAAGAAUUUUACUUUCUAAACUUUUUUGAAGUAAACAAUGUGCCUGAACAAGGAACAAUUUUCAAAAUAUAUUAAAUAAUGUGUGGCUUUGCUCAAAGCUAUAGAGCUCACAGUAAACAAGAAGUGACUUAAAUGGUUGUUGGAUAUAGAAUCGGCCCCUCUGUGUAAACCGUGGCCCUCAAUCUGUAAAAAUCCUUGAUUCUUUACGUUCUGAUCACAUGUAUUGUAUAAAUAUUUCCUCUUGCUGCAUGUGAUAGUUCACUAUGAUCGUGCACUGCUGCCAUGUUAUCAAGCACAGGUUGCCCCAACAUUUAGGGAUGUGGAGAAGUUCCUGCAGGCAUAUCUGUUGAGUUUCCUUCUCGCCCUCUGUAUUAGGACCUGGUUCAUUAGUGUCAUUGAUUAACCUCUCAAGAAGUGGAUCAGUCGUAUUUUCAUCCCAUUGACAUAACACUGAGCAGGAGGCUAGGUGACUGUGAGGGGCAGCACUGUUCCAGGUGGUGGGGGGGUUUACCAGGCUGAUGGUGGGAUCGACUCAGAUGGAUGAGAGAUGGAAGUGGAGGUGGAUGGUGAGUGAAUGAGAUUUGAAAAUGCUUUUUUUUUAAAUAAUAAACGAGGUUUGUCCGAUUACCACCGCCACAGUAGUGCAUUUUCAUCUCUUCCUUUUCCUAUUGACACAUCACAAUCAUUAGCGGUAGCAGUUGUAGUGCGCGCGUUCAUGUUUUGCAAUGUGUGUGUGUGUGGCUGUGUUUUUUUUUUUUAUGUACGUACUUGUCCUUUUUUUCCUUCGUCCACCGUUUCCUCCCAAUGAAUGAAAAAGCAAACAUACAAACUCACCUGUCAACCACUCGAUCCAAACUUUCACAGUCGGUCAGGUAAAAACAAUAAGAAGACAUUUUGAGCCAAAUCCAAGUGAUGCUGUGGUUGCUUUGGCUACUUAAGAAAGCAAUAGUAUUCAGGCACUCUCCUCAUGUGUGUGUGAGAGGAACACACCCACACGCACCAAUCCUCUGCAAUAAACAACAACAAUAACCAUCAAGUAUCACAACAGAAAGUGAAAACACCUGAAACCACUCAUUUUAGUUUUCCCCCUCGAGUUCUUUAACUAUUGCAGUUGCAACACCAGUUGCUAGUUUUUCAGGGAAGUGUCUCAUAUAUGCAGUAAGUCAACACAACCCCCAGAACCUCCAGUGUCCCGGCUGCUCAGAGUCCUCAACACAGCAGGGGAUCCCGCGCACCUGAAGGAACCGGUCCACAUUCCGACCUCGGCCCAGGCGCCGCUGCCACGACUCCCGUGGUGACCUCGUUAACCUUGUUUCAGGUACCCAGUCAUAGCCAGCCAGCCUCUCAAGCACCUCCUCCUGAGGCGAAGCAAUCGAAUAACCCUCAACAACCGAUAGCUACCUGUCAGUGUGGCCUGCACUGCUUGACCCCCCCCCCCCCACCCCCACCCCGCUCAUAACGUCAGAUUUUUGAUAUUCUGUCUCCCUUUCACUGCUCAGCUCAUACAGGUCAUUGUGUUUAUACUUCAGCGGAAAUGCAUGCCUGAUGCGUCGGAGCGGGAACGUCACCUCGUAGCAACAGCUCCCGGGGGGUUUGUUGUGGUUUUUAGUUUUUCGUCAAAAUGAUCCCGAGUAGAACCUUUCGAUUCCCCCGACAUGUACCAUGAUGUGCAAUACUUCGAUUUUAUUGUUUUCCCCCCUUUGCUGUGCCAAGUGUAUGUAGCAUAGAUCUACUCCAGUGUCUCGUCGUGUUAAUGGCUUGUGUAUUUUGCUGUGUGCUGAUGUGUGUGUGCGCGUCGCAUCUGUAAAACAAAUCGGGAUGUUUGUGAACAGAAACUAAUGGAGAGUUUGUCCGUUCUUCUAUUUCCCUGUUGUCAUUGCAGCCUUCCUAAAUACGAGUGGGCGAGAAACCAUGUUAGUGUGUGUGUCUGCGCCAUGAGUCGUGUGUAGUAUGCGUACUGACGUACACCUGGUGUUCAGAUGUGUAUGAGUGUGUGUGCGUGUGUAACUGUGCGAUCACAAACCCUUACCCUCGAUGGUUCGUGGUAAGACACAGAAAAAAAAUAACUCAUCGCUGGUGAGGACCACUUUUUUUUGGUAAGAAAAAAAGAGUAAAAAGAAAAAAUAAUAAAAAAAAUAAAUAAAUAACUACCAACCAACAGAGAUGCACAUGUAAGUAGAUGUAAAAGACUUGAUAAUGUUUCAGCACUUUCUAAUCCUAGGAUGGGCUUGGUCUAACCCCUCUGUCUCAGACCGAUACCUUCCCCUAGGGGUAACAUUCAACAGACAGAGAGAAUGAGAGCGGGGGGAAAGGGGGAGAAUAACGUUGAAAAAAAGAGAGUGACAGAGAGAGAGAGAGAGAGAGAGAGAGAGAUGGCUCAGUUUAAGUUUUUUGCACAUCACCUUGCCGUAACCUUGUGUUUAUCUGUCUGUGCUCCAUCUCACUUGGCGCCCGGCGCGUUCUUGGGUCCAACGGGCCGAGGUGUUAGGUGAUCCCUUGGUUCUUUUCUUUUAAGGAAAACCUUUUUCUCAUGGAAUGCAUCCCUUCUUUUUGUUCGUAGUCUUCCGCCCCGUGCCGACCAGGCUGUGCCGUUAAUUAGUGGUUUUGUUCCCAUUUGGGGUUUCAAUUUUUGGCGGAUUUCUCUGUCAGGAGCUCGGCGCAGCUUGGUCCGGUGGCGAGGUGUGAAAACGCAGCGUUCAAAACUUUUGCUUUAUUUUAUUUUAAAUUGUUUUUGCAUUAUCCUUGGUGCAGGAGCUUUUUUGUGUUUUUGGUCUCCUUGUAGCACUCACUAUAAUGUCAGGGGACUUAAAACUACAUGUAGAGAAUGUGUCAUUGUUGAGUUUUUAUGACAAGCUUUCUCAUUGGAGGAACACUGCUAAUGUCUUUUUUUUUUUUAAUUGGCUUAUUCUUGCACAACUUGACAAAUAAAAUGAAUGUUGGUGUGUGAGCUUUGGACUUUUUCGAUCAGAAAAAAAAGGCAUGUGUGCUCCUUGAUGUUUCUACUUUCAUUUUGCAAAAAAAGGACGUGUUCUUGGCACUUUGUCGUGUUUUAAAAGUGAACAGAAUUCAAUCAGGAUUCCUUUUUUUAAUUUGUAUUCUUUGUUUUUCUCUUUAAUUUUGUACGUCUCGUCGAUGUCCAUAGCGCUGGAUAACCAACUCAGGCAGAAAGAAAAAAAAAACUUGUAGAGGCCCACGUAACAGUUUAGUUUCACCCCGAUCAAUUUACAAAGUGGGCUGUUUGAUAUGGGUUAUAAGAUAUGUACAUUUAUGACAUAUGAUUUGAUAUAAUUAACAAAUGUCAUUAUUGACAGUUAACUAUGAAUUAUUAUUAUUAUGAUAUUAUGUGUAUAAAGCUGGAGAAGGCUCGGUCGUCUCUUCAGUGUACUGAACGUCUGCCUCUCUCUGCAAGGCAACAAACUCUUCAGCGGGGGGGACUGGCCGCACAUGACCUCUGACCCUGCCAACUGCCACGGAGGGGGUGGAGCUUAUCCUUCAAGUUUGGCCUCAGUUGACUCCUCCCCCCUGUUUCUGAUCACGCGGUCCCCCGCGGCCGGCGACCAGUCUGUUGAAAUGUGUCUCUGCUCACGUGUUGCACCGAGAAGUGAACUGACACUUUGUGGCCCUUUGAGACGGUGGCAGAGAACAUCAGCACAGACCUGCACGGACACGGUCUGGCCGCCAGGGGGCAGCAGCAGGUCCCAGCCAACUUGUUUGUACUACAUUGUACUCACCAAGUCCUUGUGUCUCACCACCCCCCUUUUCCUCUAUAGCAAUGGAGAAACCCUGUUGGUGUAUGUAUUUGACAUCUGUACAAAUGCACCUCUUUGAAACAGAAAAUGAAACCUUGACAUAUCUGGAAUAAAUGAGCAAUUUGUGUCUUUA